AUGAUUCUCUACUUUAAUGAGUAUUGAUGUUGCUCCUUUUUGCAACAAAGAGCAAAGAGGAUCUUGAUUAUUUAUUUCAGACAAUUUGAGGUUUGUCAGGUACUAUUAUGAAAGAAUGCAUUAAAAAGACGACGUUAUGUCAGGCUAACAGUAGGAUUUAUGCUCCCACAUCGUGGCAGGAAAGUUGAAACUUUAUCUUUGUAAAAACCUACACCUGAUCUUCUAGAAGAUGUGACAGAAAAGAGUUCCUUUCUAAACUGUCUAGCACGCCCUGUAAGUCUGUGUUGUGUUAACAUCCAAGCAGAAAUUAUUAUAACAACAUGGCAAAUAAGAACAAUGAGAAUGUUGAUGUCCAAAAAGGGAUCUCCGUUACAUUUCAACAGAUUUCAAUCGCUGAUCACUGACAAAAACCUCUGAGAUAGGUUGAAAACAAGGGAACUUUUACUGAAACGCUCUCCGACGAUAAUGAUGGAAAAAAAAAACAACCAAAAAGGCUGUGGAGUGUCUAAAAAUAAUUAGAGACUGAUUGAAAAAUAUAAAUAUAGUUCAGACAAAAAAAAAAAAAAAAAAAAAGACGCGGUAACACUGAAACUCUGUUUGUUCCUCACUCAUGGUCUUUGUUCUGAUCGGAAAAACACGUGGGGUUUUCUCUACAGAACUGCUGUGUAGAUGAAUAGGGUGAUACCCAUAUUGUCUCACACAUUCUACAGUGUUUCAAAAGGGAAAUACACCUCAUAGCACUGAACAUGGCUCUGCUCAAACUUCUCAUACUUAGUCUAACUUUUAGUGAACUUAUUUUUGAUUUAGAUGCUAUGCAUUGCGAAGAAGGCUUUUAUCUGUCUGUGGCUAAUCCACCACAAUGCAGUUUGUGUACCAGCUGUGAAGCAGAGACAGGGAGUUUUAUUGAGCAGAAAUGCACCAAAACCACGGACACAAUAUGUCGGUGCCGUGAAGGAUUUGUAAAAUGGGACAACGAUUCUUCCACUUGCAAAUGUAUAAAAGGAAAAGGAAUAAAAGGAAAAGACUCGUCACAUCUGGAGUGUUUAAAAUGCGAAGAAGGAUAUUUCAACGGUAUUAUCAACUCAAAGUGUGAGAAGUGGAAAAGCUGUGAUUCAGCAGGUGUGAAAGUUAAUGGGACCGACACCACUGAUGUCAUCUGUCACUCUUCUGUCAGUAAAACCCCAACGUCAACCAAAAGUGUUCCACAAAAACACACAACCCACCGUCCACGGUUGGAGGUUACAACUCAACAUACCACCACAGCUGCUCUUCAGAAGCUCACCUCAAGUGCUAAAGUUCCAGCCAGUGUUUCUUCAGACACAGGCAGCUACAUUGGUAUAGGUCUUGUCAUAUUUGGAAUUGCUGGACUUCUCGUACUGACUGCUUUGACCUGCAAGAUGCACGUCACUCUUUACUGGAAGAAGAAACCUACAGGGCAAAAAAUGAACUCUAUCUGUCGAACACCAGUUGAGGAGAUCGGCGAUGUCAGUGAUUCCUCUGCCAAGUUAAAUCCUGGGGAGCCAUGAGGUGAAAGCUUCAUUCAUACGAUGUUUUAGAUCAGGUAAUCAUCAUAUGAAUAUGUCCCAACUGAUGACUCAAACCUUUCAUAUGUUGACAGUUUUAUAUUAGAAAUAUGUCAAAAAAAGAACUAUCUACUGUAUCUGUAUUGUAACAGGUGUGUUCCCGAACUGCAGCGUCAAUAUUUGACAACAUGUUCGUUCUAUUAUAGAAAUAACGCAGAAAUCUAAAGACAAUUGCACAAAGUGUUUCUCACUGUUUAAAACUGUGAAACAAUUUAAGUGGUACAUUUUGCUUUUACUGCUUACGCUGCUCUAAUAAUGUUACAUUUUCACAUCAUGGAUAAAGUGAGUUUUCACUUAUCUUGAUAUUUAUUAUAUAUUUGAGUAUGCAAACUUUGGUGUAAUCUGAUAGAUCAUGCCUUGCUAAAUUGUUCAUAUAUAAAUAUACAUGCUUGCUGAUUUUUUAAAUGUUAUGACGUGGACGUGGAUUAACACGGUUCGUGACAAGUCUGAGAAAUAUACAUUGUGAACGGUGCAAUAGCAGACAUUGUGACAAUCAAUAGCACUCAUCCAAAGAUAUUAUGAAAUGUAAUCUCAGAAAAACAUUUUACUUUUUCCCAUAUAUGGCCUUUCUGGCUCUAGUUUUUAUUUAUUUUUUAUUUUUUAUAAUUUUUUUUGGUCAUAUUUUGUUUACUCAGCUCUGUUCCACUGGUAGCAGAGAACAUGAUAAGAAAAAAGAAGCAAGAGAAAAAAAAAAGGUUUCUGUGGCGCUGUGGGUGGGGGAAGUUCCCAUGUGGAUUUAAAUGUGCUUCUUUUUUUCCCCCCACUGCAACAAGCAUCCUUGCAUGUUUUCAGUUUGGCCUUUGGAAAGACUGAUGUUGUAAAUGUAAGGAGUUUCGUAUUGUUUAUGCUUCACUGGAGAGGUUUCUCUGGUCGGUACAUUCAGAGGAGUUGUGAAAGCUUGCCCUCAUUACUUUUUUCAUUCAUGUUUUGCCAAGAAACAUGAAGCACACUGCCAUUGCAUGACAAGUCGUUGUCUGUGCAUCUGCUGCCGCCCUUUGUGACAUUAUGACUUUCACAGGGAAAAAAAUGGUAAAGGUCUUUCAGUUUAGUUAGGUCAUUCAAUACUUCAUUUCAGUUCAUUUUAUUCACUUCACACUUAUUUAAAUCCAACCAAAAUAAUAUGUAUUGUAUAUGUGUAUGUAUGUGUUUUGAUAAACUGCACUUAAAUGCUCUGAAACAAUAUUACAUAUCAGUAAUAUAUAAGUAUAUUAUUAUAUUGAUGAAUCUAAAAACAGCAUCUUGGUGUCGCAGCUGGUCUAGGUGCAGGUUUUUCUGUUACACAUGUAAUGAGUGUGAGUGAGAAUGCUCACUUGAAACAGUCACUGCAUAUACUUUCAGUAAACGUCAGUGAUCCAGGAAGCGGACGUGUGGUUUCAAAGAUAUAUGAGCGUGACUUCUUAGGUUUAGAAGAAAUAACAUCACUUUAAAUGAAGGCAGCCUUCCAAGAAAACAUGCCGCCAGGUAUACCUUGAACACAUACUUAUCUUUACCCCUUGUGGGUUUUGCUCUCUUUCCUUUUCUUGUCAUUUUAGUAAAACGUUGUGUACGUCUGUGUGUACUACUUCUCUCAUACUGAUUUGUUGUUGUUUAUCCAAUAAAGGUUUUUGACUUUGA